GUACAACUCUGGUGACCGUUGAUUAAGUUGACAUUCGACUCUGGCUUUGCAUUACAUGUGUAUUCGAAUUUUUUUUCUCAAACGUCAGUCGAAAUUUCGUCGACACGAGAAUUAAUAUUGAGAAAUUAACAUUUCUCGUGUUGUCUUCCACGAGCAAUGUCUUCGAGAGGAAGGUGAACGACGCACACGACCGCCCUAAGAUGAUUCGGUGAGCGAAAAUAAGGACGCGGAUCUACGUGCCUCGUGAAAAUCACCGCAAAACUGUGUUGUGAACCGGCGCGUAUUGUUCGCUUCUCUUUGUUCGUCACGGAAACUCGGUUGUUUUCGUUUCCGUUGGAACCUUCACCUCUAAGAUGGUUUACCGCAACUAGAAGGAUACGCGAGAGCCAGUUUUGGAUGUCCUUUUCAGGCACAUGUACACUCAUCGAUCAAAAGGGAAUGUUUGUUUUGCUUUUCACUGGCUUCGAAUCACGAGUUGUUGCAAAGGUUAACCCGAACCACAACACGAUCACUUGAUGAGGUUUUGAAGAAUAAAUAACUGCCAAUAACAGGAAGCAAUGGCUGGCAGCGGAGAACUUUGGGUGCAAUGUUUUACCUGUUGUUUAACGCAACAAGGACCAAGGACGCGCAAUGGAAGGCAACGGUCGCAUCAGAGAUUAAGGAUAGACCGCAGUAUGAUAGGGGUGCCGACAAAUUUUAGACAUACCGGUCAUAUAAGCAGCGGAGAUGUGGAUAUGACCAGUGCGCAAUUGUCCAAUUUACAAGCACAGAUGCAGAUGAAAGGAGGCUAUGACAACGCUUAUGGAGUUAAGGCAUGUUGAAAAUAUUUAUACAGUACAUUUAGACUGACCUGGGAACAAUUUUGAGAUGAGACUAUAAAAUCGACGGUGUUUUUAAUGUCUAUCGUUCCUCGCAUUGAAACAAACAUACACAUAGUCUGUAUGUAAAGGUAUGUUGCAAAUGACGUCUUGUCUUGGAAUGAAAUCAAAUGUACGAAGACCAAGCUAAACAGAAUCUACAAUUGCGAGAUGUUAAUUUCUACGGAGACUAUGUCAAAAAUUCGUAUUUAAUUACAAGUUACAUUUAACUACCGUACAAGUUACGCUUUUAUCGUAAAGACUGGAUGCUCGAUAGGAACAGAAACUGCCACAUUAUACACACAAGUUUUGAGGUGCAUUAUUUUUUCUUAUAGUAACUUUGAAUUAUUCUUCCAUUUAAAAUAGUCGAUGUUCGUUGAUAUACACACAUUAUACUAAUUAUGCUAGUUGUUAUAUCGAGCGUUACUCGUAUUUACAUGUUUUUUUUUGAUAACGCAAUGACUUUUUACAGUAGUAAAUCUAUCAUUAACAAAUGUUAGAUACCUGUCUUAUACUUCCAAGUGAGAAUAUAAGUACUUCACGGUUACGUAAUGCUUUUGUAAAGAGAUAAAGAAAGAGGAAAGAAUGUAUUUUGCAUGGUUUAUCUGUGCCGAUUAAUGGAUAAAUAUUUUAGCAUAUAUGCGGUGGACACCAAUGUUCACGAAGCACGGCCCAUUUUUCCUACUUCUGUACUCCAUCUCCCCAAAAUGGGGCGCGUAAACCUACAUUAGGUAACUUUUGGAAUUUAGAUGUGUCGAAAGAGUUAAGAAAAAAUUGAUUUGUACGUAUUCUUCCUAGUCUAUAAUCAUUCAACUACGAAUCGUGAAUUAUUAUAGCUAUUGUUUGUUAUACUUUAAUCUUAUAAAUCGUGAUCUCCCGAGGUGUAUCCAUGGAUCAGUGACAAACGUAUGGAGACGAAAAGGACGAGGAGGUAGGAGGACAAAUAAUCCGCAAAGGAUUUUUUAGAAUUUAAUUUAAAUCCUGGACCACUUAACAUUGAAAAGUAUAUAUUAGAUAAAUUUAGAAAGUAUUCCUGUAUAUCUCCGAAUUCUGAUCGUCUUCUAUAUGUAUACAUCAUGAAUAUUUAUUUAGACUUUUGGUACUUUGGAAAAAGAAAUUGUAAAGGAAACUCAUAAUGUACAAGCACUUAUGGACUAUAAGGAAAUCGUACGUCGUAACAAGAGGUAGCUCUAAGUAUUGUAUUUAAUAUGCAAGAAUAAAUUUGUGUACUUGUAA